GCCACUCACACACGCCCCUUCAGCGCCCCUACACACUCUUGAAGGGGCGAAGGAACUGCACACACGCCCCCACGCCCACGGAAAUACAGGCGAGGGCGUGGUGUUUAGCGGUGUUGUGUUGUGGUGGUGGUGUUGGUGGUGGUUUGAAAAGUGGUGUUACGUCUGUUUUAUCGCCUCCUCCUCCUCCUCCUCCUCCCUCCAUCAUUAUCCUCUUCUCCUAGUUCUUCUCUUCCUCUUACUCGCUCCUUUUCUUCCUCCUACUCCUCCUUAUUCAUUAUCCUCUCUUCCUCCUUCAUCUUCUCUUUCUCCACCUUCUAUAGCCACUCUCACACUCCUAUCCUCGUCAUCUCCCAUAUAUUUCUCUCUCCAUCUCUCCUAUCCCUCCAUUGCCUCCAUCCCUCCCCAUACACACUCAAAGGAUUAAGAAGAAGAGCGAGGUUUGUCUCCCAUUACCCUCUUGAGAAAGGAAGAGGGAGAGAGGAAGAGACAAGGGAAAAGCAGUAGAGAAUAAAGAGGGAAGAGGAAGAGAGAGAGAGGUCAUCCCAGGUCAAUGUAGAAAGGUCACCACCCCAGCCUGACCUAAUGAACGAGCAGGGGGAAGAUAGUGACAGCAAAUGCAACGAUAAAAAUAACAACUUCGUAGAUAAGGAGAAGAAGAUGCCGCGAAAAUGCAAGAAGAAACGAAAGAUGAUACUUGUGGACGAAAGGGAGCCGGUGGGGGAACUCCCGCCGCCCUUCCCGCCACGCAACAUAAAGGUCAAGGAGGAGGACGACAUGAGGGAUUUUUACGACAUUAAGAAGGAGAUUGGAAGGGGUCGCUUCGGCACAGUGUAUCUAGUGGAGGACAAGAAAACGAGGCAGAAAUUCGCAGCUAAAUUUGUCAACACGCGGAGAAACCAAGACAGAGCGAACGUGGAGAGGGAGGUCGAGAUUAUGAAGACUCUGAACGCUGAAGCCGCGCACCCAAGACUGAUCCAGCUGUAUGAUGCGUAUGAUAUGGAGAAGGAGAUGUGCUUGGUGCUGGAAAUAGUGGACGGAGGCGAACUGUUCGAACGAGUGAUUAAUGACGACUUUGUGCUAACGGAGCGAGCGUGUACUGUGUUUGUCAAGCAGAUCUGUGAGGGAGUCGAGUUCAUUCACUCCAAGAACAUACUCCACCUCGAUAUGAAGCCAGAGAACAUUCUAUGCCUGUCGAGGGAAGGUAACCGCGUGAAGAUCUGCGACUUCGGCCUGGCUCGAAAGUACGACCCGAGGAAGAAGUUACAGGUCUUAUUCGGCACCCCAGAAUUUGUGGCGCCAGAAGUAGUCAAUUUUGAGCCCAUUGGAUUUGGUACUGACAUGUGGAGCGUUGGUGUCAUCUGCUACGUGCUGUUAUCAGGCCUCUCUCCCUUUAUGGGGCACAAUUACGUGGAGACGAUGACCAACGUGACCCACAACAAGUAUGAUUUUGAUGACGAGGCCUUCGACUGUGUGAGCGAAGAGGCGAAGGAGUUUAUACAGAAGCUACUGGUGCUUGAUAAGAGCAUGCGCCCCACCCCCGCCCAGUGCCUCAGAUCACCAUGGCUUCGCUCCCCCCCUCCACCGAAGUACCAUCCCCUCUCCCGCCGCUUCCCCUCCUCCGCCUCCAACUCCGAGGAAGAGGAAGAGGAAGAGGAAGAGGAGAGCGAGAGUGAGAGUAGCGAAGAGGAAGAGGAGGUGAUAAAAGUCGAUGAAAUAUUACCAAGAAGAAUUGAGGAAGAGGAGGAGACGGAGAAGUAUAGUGUUAGGAGGAGGAGGAGGAAACAGGAAGAGGAGGAGGAGAAGGCGAGGAAGAGGAAGGAAGCAGAGGAGGGGGAGGAGAGGAAGAGGAAGGAAGUAGAGGAGGAGGAAGAGAGGAAGAGAAAGGAGAUGGAGGCGAAGAGGAAAGAUUUAGAACGUCAGAUAGAAGAGAAGAAAAAGAAGAUUGCAGAAGAAGAGGAGAGGUGCAAGAGAAUGAGGGAGGAAGAGGAGGAGGCGAAGAGGAAGAAGGAGGAAGAAGAAGUGAGGAGGAAGAAAGAAGAGGAAGAAGCACGAAGAAAGGAAGAGGAGGAGAGGAGAAGACAAGAGGAAGAGGCCAAGAGAAAGGAAGAAGAGGAGAGAAGAAAGAAAGAGAGAGAGGAGGAAGAAAGAAGAAAAAGAAAGGAGGAAGAGGCGAGAAAGAAGAAAGAGGAGGAAGAGGCAAGGAGAAGACAAAAGGAAGAGGAAGAGGAGGUAAGAAGAAAGGAACUGGAAACCGAGAAGAAGAGAAAAGAGGAAGAGGAAAUAAAGAGAAGGGCCGCGGAGGAGAAAAGAAGGAAGGAAGAGGAGGAGCUGGAGCGGAGCAAGGCACAGCUGAGGGAGUUCGUGGCUCGCUGGAACUCACAUCCGAACUCACCCUACGUGGUGGUGGCAGAAGACGUGCCGCGGGGCCUGGAGGGGGCCAGGGGUGCCUCAGGGGCGUCCCUCACCUCCGUGGCCGUGCAGCCCCCCAGCGACCUCAGCCACGAUGACCUGGACGACGAGGAGGCGGCGGCGGGCGACGACGAGGAGUUCAUACACUACACCAUCUCGGCGCCUCUCAAGGGCCCCGCCUCACCCCCGCAGGUGGCGCGCUGUCUGGAGGCCAGACUCAACCUGCUGCAGCGCCAGGACGCCACGGAGGACGGAAAGAGUGGCGGAAAGACCAGCGGGAGGAGUAAAGGAGGCAGGAGCGGCGGCGGGCGGGGCAGCCGCCGCGGCGAGAAGCGCAGGUCGUCGUCACGGUCGCCGAGCUCCGGCGUGCUGCACGACACGGAGGAGGCGGAGACCAUCAUCAAGCAGAUCCUCAGCUCAGACCACCGCAGCGCCUACGAGGAGUACCAGCGCAUGGUGGGCGCCAUGGACGGCAGCGGCCACCUGCAGCGGCCCGAGGUGGUGGCGCUGCAGCAGGAGGAGGGCGGCACCAGACGCAGAACCAGGACGGACUCCACAUCCAAACAUUCCCGCCGGCAGCCCUCCAGGGAUGUGCCUACCGAGGACAGGCCGCCCUCCAGGGAGAGGAACCGCUCCCCCGCUCCCCCAGCCCACCGCCGCCCCUCUAGGGACGUGCCCCUCAGCCCGUCCCAGAUGGAGCGGAUAGCGAGGUCGGCGCCCCAGGCGUGGCCUGACCUGAUCGUGGCGCCGCAGGACGAAGCGGACGACGAGGUGCGCCAGUUCUCGCUGGACGUGCCCGUGGCCUCACUGCACAAGAGUCCCAGCGGCACCCUGCGCUCCGUGCCGGGCCUCAAGGUGUCCGCCGACCCAGAGCCUGAUGCCACGCCCGCAGCCAGACGCGCCCAUGCCCCCAAGGGUGCGCCCUCCCUCACCCCACCACCCUCUCCCCCAUCUGAGAACUACAGCAAGCCCGCCCUCUCGCCACCGCCCUCCCCCACUCCCGCCCACAAGACCAACCUCGCCCCCACUCCCUCACCGACGCCCUCCUCCGCCACGGACAGGAAGGCCUCCCUCACGCCGCCGCCCUCCCCCGUCCCCUCCCACAAAGACUCCUCCAUGAGCUCCGAGGAUCCCCCCAGCAGGCUGGUGGAGUGGAUCCUGGACAUCGGCACCCGCACGCCGCCGCGGGAACAGUCCACCAGCAGCCUGCAGGACCGCGUCACCCAGUGGGAGGCCCGUGACGCGGCACCCCGCCCCUCACCCUCACCCUCACGCCGCCUCUCUCCCUCCCCACGCCCCUCACCUUCCACCUCGCCCUCCCGUCGCUCCUCCGCCUCCGGCCCCGCCCCCGUCCCAGUAGGAGUAAACAAGGAGGGGCCAGCGCCGUCCCGCCGCCCACAGGCGCCCCUCAACGUCCUCUCCCAGGAUGAUUCCUCUGCCGAGAAUGUGAUUCACACCCCGUGGGGCGCCCUCAAGCGCUCCCCCUCCAAGACAUCCUUUUCCAAGUCCCCGUCACGGGAGCGCGAGGCGUCGCCCACAAGCCGCGGCAGGACGCCCUCACCCAGGGAGCCAGCGCCCGCUAGUCGUCAGGAAGAUAUGAACGGGUGGGGGCCAGGCGGCAAGAGCUUCACGCUGCCACGCUCGGCCAAGCUGCUGCGACAGAAGUCCAUGGUCAGCAUGCCAGGGCAGGGCGACGCCGCGUCGCAGGAUGCUGACGGAAGCCUCAAGCGUAAGGGCAAGUUCCCGCCGUCACCCAACAAGCGGCCACUCACACCGCUGCUGUUCACGGCGCAGGACAGGAUCUCCAUGUUUGAGAAGCAGCAACCGACAGACACGCGCGGCCCGCCACGACCUCUCGCCAGGACCCGCAGCAGCGUCACGCUGGGCGGCACCGCUUCCACCGACCCCCGCGCCGACCGCUCCCAGGUGGGCUUCAUGAAGACCAAGCUGCUGAGCAAGUUGUGGCCCGGCGCGGCGCCCACGCUGCCCGAGGAGCCCGCCAGCCCCAGCCCAGCCAGACCCAAGGCCGCAUAGCAACGUUCGCCGUGACUCCCGCUCCUGCAGGCUGCUGCUGCUGUCCUGCCGCGGCUGUAAGGUUGGCACAGCGCCUGCGUGCAGGCCCCUACCCCACACACACACACACACACACACACACACACGUCUGCCGCAGGACGCUCAUCACCAAAGCAUCCUGUCUACUCGGGUCAUAGUGAGCAGGAGGUAGAGGCGCCCCGCCCCGCCCCGCCCCGCCCCGUCCCGCCCCGAGCCAGUCAGCCAUGCUUAUUGUACACACGUUUGUUGGGUUUUACAAUAAUACUCUUAAUAAACAGAAUAUAUCAUACUAUGUAUGUAUAUAUUUUAUGUAUGUAUGUAUGUAUGUGUGUGCAUUUACCUUGAUUGAUGUUAUUUUUAUUUUUAUCACCUUUGUUACCUC